AUGAGAGAAGCGAUCUUGAAAAACAAGAAGAGGAGGAUGGAAAAUUUGGAUGUUGGCGGUGGAGAUUUUCAUGUUGAAGGAUCCGAAGAAAGGCAUAUAGAGUCCGAUUUGGGGGGUGGGGAGUCAAGCCUUAUUCCAAGCUCUGGAACAGCUUCAAAAAAAAAUAAAGUUGUCAUUCAAAUGACAGUCAAACAACAAGUAAGGGGUCCCAUGGAUGCUCAUGUAAAGAGGCGGACUCCUGAAGAGGUUGUUGCAGAGAGGCACGGUAAAGGUCCCCAACAGACUACAAUGGAGAACUGUAUGAGAUCAGAGGAGGAAAGAGAUAAACUCCGUUCUUACUUUGCAAGGUGGGCUUUUGAAAGUGGCGUUCCAUUCAAUGCAUUGAAGCUAAGGAGCUUCGAGGAGUUGGUUGAGACAAUUGGACAAUAUGGGCCAGGUUUCAAGCCCCCUUCAUUUCAUGAUUAUAGGGUUCCUCUACUGAAGUCUGAGAAGGAGAAAGUUGAUGAAAUAAAAAAGAAACAUAAAAUCUCUUGGAGGAAAGGGUGCACUCUCAUGUCUGAUGGGUGGACCGACAGGAAAGGAAGGCACUUGAUUAAUUUUCUUGUCAAUUGUACGGAAGGGACUUUUUUUUUGGGGUCUGUGGAUGCAUCAAGUCAAAUACAAGAUGCAAAAAUGUUAUUUGAGCUCCUUUAUAGUAGGAUUGAGGAGAUUGGAGAGGAGAAUGUAGUUCAAGUGGUCACUGAUAAUGCUUCCAAUUAUGUUGUUGUUGGAAGGUUACUAAUGGGGAAAAGAAAGAAGUUGUAUUGGACUCCAUGUGCAGCUCAUUGCCUAGACCUUAUGAUGGAGGAGAUAGGCAAUAUAAAAAUAUACAAGUCUGUGAUACUGAAGGGAAGAAAAAUUACUACCUUCAUCUAUAGGCAUGCUCGCCUUCUUGAAGCUAUGAGGGUACAAACAAAAAGAGCAGACUUGGAUUGCUUGAGAGCAUCAUUGCCUCUUCUUCAAGUAUUGAGUAUAGUAGAUGGAGAUGAGAGGCCUGCAUUGCCUGAAGUAUAUGUUGCAAUGGAAGAGGCAAAGAAGCACAUAAUAUCAAAUUUUAAGGGCAUAGAAAGGAAAUGGAAGAAGAUUGUAAAGAUUAUUGAUAGGCGUUGGACAAGUCAGAUGGAGCGACCAAUAUAUUUGGCUGCAUUUCUCUUUAAUCCAAGCAAGUACUUUAAAGCAAUUGAGAUGGAAUCAGAUGAAUCUUUAGCCAACUCCUUGAUGCAUAAAGCAAAUGAUGCCUUUAAUGAUGUUCUUGUAAGGAUGGUGCUUGAUACAACCUUGCAAGACAAGAUCAGUGAACAAUCUGUUGCUUAUACUGGAACUAGAGGAUCUUUUGCAAAAGAUAUGGCGAUUAGACAAAGGGACAAAAACUCUACACCUGAGCUUACAAAGCUUGCAAGGCGCUUACUUGGUCUUUGUUGUUCAUCUUCUGGUUGUGAGCGCAAUUGGAGCAUAUUUGAGUUUAUUCACACCAAGAAGAGGAAUAGGUUAGAGCAUCAACGUUUAAAUGAUCUUGUCUACAUCCAGUAUAAUCGCCGUCUUCAAGUAAGGUUCCAAGAAAGAAAGGAACAAAGCAAAAAUUAUGAUCCACUGGAACUUGAUGAGCUAGAUUGGAGUAGUGAGUGGAUGACUGGGGCAUCAGAUGAUGAAUUAGUUCAUCCCGGAGAUGAUCUCACUUGAAG